AUGGCGUCGGCUGUUUUCUUUCUGGACUUGAAGGGCAAGGCUCUUCUUGCCCGCAACUACCGCGGUGACAUCCCCAUGUCCGCUGUCGAGAAAUUUCCUAUCCUCCUAAAUGAAGCCGAAGAAGAAAGCUCAGCCGUGCCUCCUUGCUUCUCACACGAGGGCAUCAACUACCUGUACAUUCGCCAUAAUAACCUCUACCUUCUAGCGUUAACGAAACGAAAUACCAAUGCUACGGAAAUCCUCCUUUUCCUUCACAAGAUCGUCGAGGUUUUUACCGAAUAUUUCAAAGAGUUGGAGGAAGAGUCUAUCCGGGAUAAUUUUGUUGUUAUCUAUGAAUUGCUGGAUGAGAUGAUGGAUUUUGGUUACCCACAGACUACAGAAAGCAAGAUCUUACAAGAGUAUAUCACGCAAGAGUCGCACAAGCUGGAGGUUCAAGCACGACCACCCAUUGCCGUUACAAAUGCCGUUUCGUGGAGAAGCGAAGGGAUCCGCUACCGGAAGAACGAAGUCUUCCUGGACGUUAUCGAGUCUCUCAACCUCUUAGUCUCGGCCAACGGCAACGUUCUGCGCUCGGAAAUCCUAGGAGCUAUCAAAAUGAAAUGCUACCUCAGCGGAAUGCCUGAAUUGCGACUGGGACUAAACGAUAAGGCCAUGUUUGAAACGACAGGACGAGCAACUAGAGGUAAAGCAGUGGAGAUGGAAGACGUCAAGUUCCACCAAUGUGUUCGUCUGUCGCGAUUCGAGAAUGAUCGCACAAUCAGCUUUAUUCCGCCGGACGGAGAGUUUGAGUUGAUGAGUUAUCGUCUUAAUACGCAGGUGAAGCCUUUGAUUUGGGUUGAGUGUGUAGUAGAGUCUCAUUCUGGUUCGAGAAUUGAAUACAUGCUCAAGGCAAAAGCUCAGUUCAAACGCCGUAGUACAGCCAACAAUGUCGAAAUCCUAGUUCCAGUCCCUGAGGAUGCAGAUUCACCUCGUUUCCGCACCAACAUAGGCUCGGUCCACUACGCACCUGAGAAGUCUGCUAUCAUCUGGAAAAUCAAACAGUUUGGCGGCGGCAAAGAAUUCCUCAUGCGCGCUGAACUCGGUCUUCCUUCAGUCAAGGGCGAUGAUGAGCACGGCGGAGGUAUGACCGGUGGAUUUGGUGGCAGUAUGGGAGGAGCAGGUCAGACCGGGAAGGGAAAGCGGCCUAUAAAUGUCAAAUUCGAGAUACCGUACUUCACAACGAGUGGUAUACAAGUGCGGUAUUUGAAAAUCAUUGAGCCAAAGUUACAAUACCCAUCCCUACCCUGGGUACGAUACAUUACACAAUCAGGCGACAUUGCAGUCCGUCUGCCAGAUGAAGGUGGCUUUGACCUUGAUUCAAGCUCCACGAUCAACAUGCUAUUUCUACAACCUUCACCCUUUGACAGUCUAUCAGCAUGGGAUAAAGUAGAAAUGGCACUCACCUACCAUGAAGCCCUCCAAAUACUCCAGAAGGAGGCAACAGACCACCGCAACACCUUCCAUGCAGCACCCGAGACAGUCCCACUGGCCCAUGCCGCCAAUCGCAUAACAUCAAAACAAUAUUGUUCUUUGCGCAACACGCCUCAAUGGGACACGUCGGCGAUGGACGGCUAUGCCGUCAACGCGCAAGUGACGCAGACGGCCUCAGAAGAUACGCCGGUGAUAUGUCAAGUCAAAGAUACCAUAGCCACUGGAGCAAAAGAAGUAAUCAUCAAAGCAGCUGAAGCUAAUCAAAAGAAAAUACCAAUAUGUGUGGAAAUCAUGACAGGAGCCCGUUUCCCGAGUGCAGACUUUACUCAUCCUCUCGACAGCCUAGACUGCUGCGUCAGGGUCGAAGACACAAAACCAAUCUCAUCCGACCUGAACGGCGCAGAAUCCAGUCAGCGACUAAUCCAAAUCCUCAAACCUGCGCGACCAAACCAAAACAAGCGUUUGGCAGGCGAAGAUUUCCGGAUCGGUGAUGUGAUUGUUGAUCGACAUCUGGUUAUUCGACCAAAUCAUGUCAUGGCACUUGCGUCUGUUAGUUAUGACUCUGUGGAGGUACUUCGACGGGCUCGAAUUGCGCUCUUCUCCACUGGCGCGGAGAUAGUUACUCCCAGUAUUGCUGAUGACACUUCAGCGCGGCAGCAGGUGUCGGAUGUAAAUGGUCCUUAUAUCAUGAGCGUGUUGCAGAAUGCGUUUUCCUGCGAAGUUGACUUUCUCGGGAUUCUGGAGGAUAAUGCCAGAAUUGCAGCGGGUACGAUAUCAGAUCGAAUUCAGGGGAAACAUUACGAUACGGUGAUUACGACAGGAGCCGUGUCUAUGGGCAGAUUUGAUUUUGUUCCGAAAGCGCUAGAAAUGCUUGAUGCAAGAGUUGUAUUCCACAAAGUAGCUAUGAAACCAGGUCAUCCAGCACUUUUUGGCAAGAUUCCAUCUAUGACCGGGGAGCAUGACUCCACUAUUCCGUUUUUUGGGCUACCAGGCAAUCCAGUAGCUGCUGCUGCGUGUUUGAGGUUUCUUCUGUUCCCGUACCUGAAAUGUGUGUUGUAUCAGGGGCUGGAGAAGCCUGUGCAAGCUGUCAUCACAUCCGUCGGUCUGAACGACCAGCGAAAGGCAUCCAAAAUACAUGAUCUUGAAAGAAAUGUGAUUCCAAACUUCCCACCGGACCGGGACGUCUUUCGUGCUGGUAUUGUCACGCAUCAAUCUCGACACAGUCUCCAAGUACAAAUGAUCCAAGACCACAGUCCAGGAAAAAUCAGUCCGUUUCUAGCUGCUGAUUGCUGGAUACAUAUCCCCCGAGAAAAGACAACCUUGCACGACGGCGAUCUUGUAGAUAUCUUCCUCAUUUGA